AUGAAAAGCGGUACUUUUGCACUUAUAUCGAUACUGGCUAUUUCGGCUCAUGCCGAGCUUGUUUCGACCAACACUAUUAUUGACAAUGACUUUCGACUUCAAAAACGACAAGUUCGAAAACUCGUAAGCUUUUUUAAUAACAAACCAGGUGGCAGUGGUACGAAGCCAAGUUUUCCAAAGAAAGGGCCUGUUAACGGCCCUAUAAAAUCUGUCAAGAGUACUCCUAAUGGACCAGUUUCAAUUGGUACCAAGGCCGGAACGUCUGGAAAAAAACCACCUAUAGCGCCUAAACCAUCACUCGGACCAGCGCCUAAACCAUCACUCGGACCAGGUAAUAAAUCACCAACACCUCAAUCAAAUGGAACACCACCACAAAAACCACCUAUAGCGCCUAAACCUCAAUGGAUUUAA